AUGAGUAUCUCUUACUCAACCCCAUCCCAGCGCUACUCCAUCCUGGAUCGUGUCGUCGGAGCUUUUGGAGGCAUGGGCUCUGAACGGCCACGGACAUUGGUUAUUCGUCCCGAGCCUAGCCCAGUCGGUUGGGAUCUUGGUCCCGUAGCCGCUCCCAGUAUGAUGAUUGUCCAGAUAAGAGCAACAUCGGUCUCCCACUCUGGUGAUCCGGCACCGUCCGCUGGGAUGCGAUUGGAGGUACCAAUCCUCGAAAGGGCAGGAAUUGCUUCCAUGGCGCGCUACUCCACACUCCGGGCAGCUUCUGCCAGUCGGAAAGCGCUGUCUCACGCUGAUACUUCCAGCGGCGACCCAAUAGCCCCCUCUGCCUCAUGGGUCGCCAGUUGUCCCAACAUGAUCGACGGCCGCCCCAGCCUAGGGCCCAGAAAAGGUCUUGGAUUGCCCUCUGCACAUUGCACCCUUGCGAUCUCAAUCAAUCACGACAACAACAGUUACUGGGAUCUCGGUCAGACCAAGCGGAUCGCGGUAAGCACUGAACAUCCCGAAAAGAACAAUGCUCGUUCAGCUGGUUCAGCUUCCUUGGUCAGCCCGCUUCCUCACGGACCGUGCUGAACCAGAGUUUUUUUUUUUUUACUUCUUCGUUGCCCGGUGGUAUCAGCCUCCAAGGUCCUGACGUGAGAGGUGCCCG